AUGUAUAACAAACACCACAUUAUAAAUUUUAGAGUUAUUACAGAAGGCCUAUUCAAUGCACUUCCAAACUUAGCCUCAAGAGCCUCCCAAAUCAAAGAUUAAACAAUUGGUAUAUUAAGUGAUUUAAAAACAACCGAAAACAGUCCUACAGGAAUCUAAAAAUAAUAUAUCCAACCUUGCCUUAAAUGUCAAUUCUAAAGAUUCAAAUACAAUCAUAAAAAACCAUUCCAAAAAGCAACAUUCUUUUAGUCAUUAUAACAGUAAUUAAAAUUCUUAUUCUUUUUAGCUGAUAGUAGUAAUUUAAAGGAGAACGAGAAUAUUAUGUAUAAUAUGAAUCAUUUAUCGAAUAUUUCCUUUAAGGAUUGUCUCAACAGACAAGCAAAAUACAUUAAAUAACGUACUGAAAAUUCUUAAAAGAUUGUUGAUGGAAAAAAAAUGAUCAAACAAGGUUAAAUAUAAGAAGCUCCAAAUUUAUUUGAGAAAGUAAUUCAGGGUAGUGAUGAUCCUGAAAUAAGAUUUUAAAUUGCUAUAUAAUAUUUUGACUAAUAAGAAUUUUCUUAAGUUAUUUUGAAUUUGAAUCAUCUAAUUUAAGAACAUCCUCUUUUCAAUAAAAAGGCAUACAUUAUCCUUUCAAUUGCAUUGAAAAAGUAAGAUUAAAUCAAUGAAUCUUUGAAUGUGCUUACUCUAUGUAUAAAGCAUUAUGCCAAAUACUUUGAUGCUUAUAUAAUUCGAGGUAAAUUGUACUUGAAGGUUCAAAAACUUGAUAAGGCUUUGGAAGAUUUUAUGACCGCUGCUGAAUUAAAACCAAAUAAGGCGAUUGGUUUUAUUGGAAAGGGCGAUUGUUUUAGACUGAUGAAUAAUGUACAUAUGAGCCUAUUAGCAUAUGGAUAAGCAAUUUAAUUGGAGGAUUAAUUCAAAAGAUCUGCUUUGAUCAAACGAACAUUGCUGUAUUUAGAUUAGAAGGAUUAUGUUUCAGCUUUGGCAGAUAUCAGUAAGGCUAUAGAAAUUGAUAACUAAGAUUCAGAUGCUUUAUAUCUGAAAGGCUUUUUGUGUACAAAAAGAAAUGAAAUUUAAGAAGCUACAUUAGCCUAUGAAUAAGCAAUCAAAUAUAAUAAUUCUAAAAAAGCUGUUUCCAAGUCGAUCUAUGAAUAAGCCAAAAUAUUAAUUUAAUAGAAGGACUUUUAUGAAGCUUAAUAUCAAUUGAGAAGAGCUGAACACUUAGAUGUUGAUAAAACAGUUAUUGAAAAUAUCAAACAGUUUACUGAAGGUGUAAUUCUUUUGAUGAAAAAAUAAUUUGAGGAAGGAGUAUCUCAAUUAACAGAAUUAUUAUCGAAUCACUAAGAAGAAGAUUUCUUGAGAAGAUUAAUAAUUUCAUACAGAUCAUAUGGUUAUUUCUGUCUAUCUUAGUAUUAGAGGUCAUUAUAGGAUCUUGAAUCAUUAGAUUAACUUGAGAAACCUUCAAUUUACAAUAAGUUUAUUCUUGAAGGGAUUAUGGCGACGGUUUCAAAUUAAUUUGAAUUAUCAUUAGGGUAUUUUGUGAAGGCGUCAAAAUUAAUGCCAAAAAAAAUGGAACCUUACUUUUAUAGAGCAGUAGCCAUAGUCAAAUUUUAUUGUUAACUUAUUCCAAAGGAUGAUGAAGUGAAAAAAAACAAAUUUUUGAAUGAUGCAAUUAAAUUGUUGAAUUUGGCAGUAAAAUUAAAUGAAAAUUCGAAUUUACUUUAUUGUAGAGGAAUAAUACUGUUUUCUUUAAAUAGAUUGGAUGAUUCUUUGAGUGAUUUAAACAAAGCAAUUGAUAAAUCAGAUGAAAAUGUGGCUAAAUAUUUUUAUGUGCGUGGAUUAAUUUAAGCAUGUAGAUAACAAUAUAAAUAAGGAUUAAAUGAUUUGAGUAUAGCCAUCAAUUUAGACGAGUCCUAUUCAGACGCCUAUUUAUGUAGAGCUAAGGUGUUUUUAAUACUCAAAGAUACUAAUCGUGCUUUUUAUGAUUUAUAAAAGUUUCAAGAAUCUUGCUUAAAUGUAUAAGAUUAAAUCAUGAUCGGAAACCUAUUUUAUUAAAUGGGGGCAUUUGAAGAAGCUAUUUCAUCAUAUUCUAAUAUGAUCAAUUCUGAAAAAUGCUCAUAAGCUUUAUAUCAUAGAGCCAAAACAUUUGUUACUAUAAAAGAAUUAAAUAAUGCCAUAUAGGACUUACAAAAAUUGGUUGAAUGUUCUACUGAUAUUGCAGCCUUUGUUGACUUGAAUGUUUUGUAGCAAUUAAAAUUAACUUCAAUAGGAAAUUGUGGUUAAAAUUAAUUGCAAAAUAGUAUAGAUUGCCUAAAUUAGUUCUUAAGAAAUGGAAAUGAAGGGAAGAUCUUCAACACAUACGAUAUUAAAUUCUAUAGAUGUUUGUUUCAAUUUUAUCUAAAAUAAUUUGAUGCUGCAUUGAUCUCUCUUCUUGAAUCUUAUGAAACACUUUAGGGAAAUGAUGCUGGUGUACUCAAAGAGUAAACUCUAAUCAAUAGAGCCUAUAACUAGUUAGAAUUCUAAUUUAAUUAAUCUAUCCUGUAUUUAUUAUAAGGAUAAACUGGCUUGGGGAUUGAGAAUCUAAUAAAAUUAAAGGAUAAAAUUUAAUAGUAAGAAUAAAAGAAUCUACUUUAAAUAUUUUUGGACCUAUUAAUAGAUGAUUAAAGUGAACAAACUUAAUUGAAAAAAGAACUGUGUUAAUUGACAGAUCUUAUUAUUUUACCAUAGAAUAAUAGAUUGUGUAUGAUAUAUCCAAUGGUGAAAAUUCCUUUAAAAAAAUACAAAUAACAACUUUAAACAAGGUUAUCAUUUUGUUUGCCCUAAGUGGAAAUCCCAGAAAUGCUUCCUUAAUUUGAUUUUAAAUUAAUGGAGACUCUAAGUCCAAUAGUUGUGGAAAACAAACCAGAAGCUCCGUGGAUAUAAAGAAUAGAUGAUGGUGUAAUCUUUACUUAAAAUCUGUAAAAUGCUGAUGAUUUAGAUUUAAAAUCUACUGCAAGAUAAUCAAAUGAGGAAUCAGAAUUUUAGUUAUUUCGACAUUAAUUAAAUAAUAAAUUAGAAAAAGAGGAUUUUAUUUUGUUUGGCCAAGAUGUUAUUUAGCAAGAAGAGGAGACUAAUACUUCAAAAAAGAAUUGA